CCUUGAAGCCGUCAGCGUCGACCCGCCUCACGCUUGUUCGCCCGUUCUCCCUCUUCCCGGAGUUAGGUACGACGACGUGCCGCCGCUAGGUACCUCCGCGCGAAGACGACGCGCCGCUGGUAGGUAGGCCGUAGGCGCGCAGCCCGCAGCCGUAGAGCUGCCCAGGCCCGGCCGACUCCCGAUCUGCAUCUCUCGGACCGCCCGAUGCCCUGCGGGCUGCGUCCAGCGUAACCUCGCCUCCCAGCGCCAGGGUAAACCGGCCCCAGCGAGGGACGCGCCUCAAGCGGAGCCCGACAGACCGGCAGCUGAAACCCUUGCCAACUGGCUCCUGUUUUGCCGGGUUGAAGAGAACCAUGCAGGACAUGAAGCCCGCCGCUGCUGCAGUCGCCAAGGUGGUGGCUGGUGACUCGCCUCCCUCUGCUGCUAGUCCUGCUCCUGCGCCAGCAGUGGCCAACAGCAAUGGGACACCACAGAAGCCGCCUCCUAUUCCUGCCGCCGCCUUCGACAUGCCCAAGCCAAACCUCCGGGGCCUUAACAAGCCCAAGUGCAUCCUGUGUGGUAACAUCGCCCGCUCCCGGUGCCCAUUCCAGUGUUGCAAGAGCUGCUGCUACAAGGCUCAGAAUCCUUGCCACAUCCAUGUUCUGAAGCAGACCAACACAUUGCCAGAUAAGCCGUCACCUGCAACUGCUCCUGCAACAACAGAACAGCAAUCUAACAAUUUACCUGCAACCAGUUCAGCGUCAAGGCUGGCUGCCUUGCAAAAGCUUCCCCAGCACUUUCUGAAGUUUCUCCAAACAAAGAAAUCAGUUACCAAAAAGGACGUUGCGGGUAUAAACAAGUGGAGGUUUAUGAAGCUAAAGGAACAUAUGCAAGGAGAUACCGACGCUGAAAACGAAGCGUACGAGAGGUAUACGCAGAACGUCGGGUUACUGGAGGAAGCAUUCUGUCCCAUGGAAGAAGAUGCUGAUGUUGAUCCUGAGGCUGAAGCAACUUCUUCUUCAGAGGAAGAAAGGAUGGACCUGUUGGUUUCGGCGGCAAAGGCGAGGUUGAAGUCGGAUAACGAAGCUGCCAAUAGCUUCAGGGAGAGGGUUGCCACUAUCUUGGACCAGAAGCUGAAGGACCUGCGCGGGAGCCAAAGCGCCAGUGAGGGUGACGAACCGUCUGGCCCAAGUCUGGACGAUCGUCUAACCCCGACCCCGAUGAAGUUCAGCACAGCGCAGAAGAUGGGGAGAGCCACGGAACUGAACGAGCUGCUGGGUAAGCUGACAGGAGCACGGAGCGAGGACGAUCUGAAGCCUUGCCGUGAUCUUGCCGAGCAGCUGUUUGGGAAGGAGGACGGCUCCUCUGUUGGCAAUUCGAACAGAGUGGAUACGGAGACUGAGCCGGGCGAUCAGGAGUCAGCUGCAGCAGUAGCACGGCGCUAUUCCGUCCCAACGCUGUGCAGCAGGAUGGAGGUGGGUGAGGACUUCGCCUCAGAGAUGAACGAUGAAUUCUGCUCUUUGACUCAGGUGGCCCAGCUAUGAAACCUGAAACCUGGACUAAUCGCAAUGUGACAUUUUUAGGGGAUUUCAUCACAUUUAAGCCUAGUUUAGAAACUCAAAUUUCAUCCGAAAUUCGAGUGAACUGAGGGAAAAAUAAAAUAAUUUCUCUCAAUCCCCUCCAACUCCUGAGUAUUUAAGUUCCUAAACUAAUCCUUAGGGAACUUAAAUCCUUUUUUGGAAUUGAAGGGGAUUAAGGAAAAAUAUAGUUACCUCAAUGUGCUUUCCAAUUUAGAAGGAGAUUUGAGUUUUUGGAACUCGCACUGUAGUGUCAGCAAGUGUUUGGCUGUUCGAAGUGAGGCCAGAGCAGUGUGGGACGUUUUGUCGUACCCCUGUUUCUUAGCCCGUAUUUGUUCUGGUAUACACGAAAGAAGC